GCCACCCCCCGGCUCUGCCCCUCCCCCCCCGCCCCCCCCUUCCCCGUUUUUAUUUACCCCCUUUUCCCCCCGGUUUUAUUGCCCCCCCCUCCCCGUUUUCUUGUCUCCUCUCUCCCCCCCCCCCUCCCCCCCCUCCCACCUCUCAGCAAAAUGGUGCAGAAGAAAUCGGAGCUCGCGGGGUUCCACCGCUCCUUCACGGGCCAGAACCCCUUCGAGCUGUCGUUCGAGCAGCCCCCCCGCCUGCAGCCCGAAUUUGACUUUGACUGCCCACCCCGGCCUGACAUGCCCUCCAGCCAACCCAUCGACAUCCCCGACGCCAAGAAGCGCCCCAAGAAGAAGAAGCGCUGCAGAGCCACCGACAGCUUCUCGGGGCGCUUUGAAGACGUGUACCAGCUGCAGGAGGAGGUGUUGGGGGAAGGGGCCCACGCCCGAGUGCAGUCCUGCAUCAACCUCAUCACCAACAAGGAGUACGCUGUCAAGAUCAUCGAGAAGCGCCGCGGGCACAUCCGCAGCCGCGUGUUCCGGGAGGUGGAGAUGCUCUACCAGUGCCAGGGCCAUAGGAACGUGCUGGAGCUGAUCGAGUUCUUCGAGGAGGAGGAGCGCUUCUACCUCGUGUUCGAGAAGAUGCGGGGCGGCUCCAUCCUGACCCACAUCCACCGGCGGCGCCACUUCAAUGAGCUGGAGGCCAGCGUGGUGGUGCGGGACAUCGCGCGCGCCCUGCACUUCCUGCACAACAAGGGAAUAGCACACAGGGAUCUGAAGCCGGAGAACAUCCUGUGUGAGAGCCCGGACCAGGUGUCCCCGGUGAAGAUCUGUGACUUCGACCUGGGCAGUGGCAUCAAACUGAACGGGGACUGCUCCCCCAUCUCCACCCCAGAGCUGCUCACCCCGUGCGGCUCGGCUGAGUACAUGGCCCCGGAGGUGGUGGAGGCCUUCAGUGAGGAGGCGUCCAUCUACGACAAGCGUUGCGACCUGUGGAGCCUGGGGGUGAUCCUGUACAUCAUGCUCAGUGGGUACCCCCCCUUCGUGGGCCACUGCGGCUCUGACUGCGGCUGGGACCGGGGCGAGGCGUGCCCCACCUGCCAGAACAUGCUGUUUGAGAGCAUCCAGGAGGGCAAAUACGAGUUCCCCGACAAGGACUGGGCACACAUCUCCUUUGGGGCCAAAGACCUCAUCUCGAAGCUGCUGCUGCGGGACGCCAAGAAGCGGCUCAGUGCUGCCCAGGUCCUGGAGCACCCCUGGGUGCAGGGGUGCGCCCCGGAUAACACCCUGCCGACCCCCAUCAUCCUGCAGAGGAACAGCAGUGCCAAAGAACUCACCUCCUUCGCCGCAGAGGCCAUGGCCGUCAACAGGCAGCUGACCCAGCGCGAUGAGGACGAGGAGGAGGAGGAGGAGCGCCCCAUCAUCAUCAAAGCAGCCUCCAGGGCCGUGCAGCUCUCGCCGCCCUCCGAGUCCCAGCUGGCGCAGCGGCGGCAGAGGAGCAGCGCGGCCAAAGCGGUGGCUGCGGGGCAGCACCUGGUGACCCCGCUGGUCCUGGUGGCCGACCAGGCCUGAGCCCUGCAGUGCCCCCCUCCCUCCCCCCCCCCCCUCCACCCCUCUUCCUCUUCAGUUUUUCCUUUUUUUUUUUAUUUUUAUUUUUUUUUCUCCUCCACCCCCCAAAUCUGCCCUCGUUUGCUGGCUGCUGACGAGAUAGGGCUGUCCUGUUGGCUGCUCCCCGAGGUUUUUGCGGAUCUUUUGGGGCUUUGGGGCUCGUGGGGUUUAGGGAAGAUCCUAUUGGGUUUGUUUUUCUAAGGUAUUAAAUCACACGUGGGGUCACUUCCCUCCCCCUACCCCCCCCCAGCACACCCACAGACACCAGACUGACACCCGGACUUUGCUCCCCAGCUCGUGGUGGGUGUCUCCUGACCUGUCCCCCCCACACACACCCCAGCACCAAAGGACUCUGUGCCACGGCUGCUCAGCUCAUACUGUGAACAAAAGACCCUCAGCAGCAGCGCCAUCACCUCUGCUCCAUGAGGAGAUUGAGGGGUCCCCCAAAUGCUUGAGGGGGGCUGCAAGCAGGGGGGGGCCAUCCUAGGGAUGGUGUGGUAUGGGAGUGCACCCCAAUGCUCACCCCAACCCCAAUCCUCACCCCCACAACACAUCCCAUUGCCCCAACCCCAGCUCAUGCGUGCCCUGGCAGCCAGCCUCCAGAAUAAGCUAUUCUCCCCCUUUUAUCCUUUUUAAUUGUUACUGAUUAGUGUUGGUUUUAACCUGCUCUAGCUGUGCUUCUCUACAGGGCACGGAGAAACGUCUUCCGUUCCGCCCUCACUCCAGCAGGCAGCUCCCAGGGGUAAGGUCAGAGUGGGGGGCGAUGCUCGGAGGGGUCCCAGGGCUGUGCUCCUGCACCGGGGGGGGGUCGUGCACCCAAAGUUCCAGAGCAGCUGAGACAAAGAGGGAAAAAUAUCUUUAGGAAUACAAGGGUGCUCCGUGGAAUCCCCUUCAGUAGGGCAGGGUGGCCCUGGUGUGGCUUCGGGCUGGCCCUGAGGCCGGGCAGUGGAGGGGGGGUCCCAGCUGGGGGCAGCAGCAGGAGGGUUUGGGGUGCAGGGCAGCAAGUGGGAGCUGAUGGAACGCUGUGGGGUCGGAGCUGUGGCCAUCCCCGUGUCCUGCUUGUAGCAGGGAGCCCCGUUAUUCUGCAUUCUCUAUGCUUGGAGCUUUAUAUGUUUGGGGGCUUUUUUUUUGGGGGGGGGGGGGGGGGGGGGGGGGGGGAGGAAGCAAAAAGCAACUGUGCCCCACGGUGUGCGCAGUGGGAGCUUGCCUGGAUAUGGGAGAGACAUCCCCAGGUCGCUGGAAAAAAGAGUUCUCCUUUCUGUUUUCAGACUGCUGACAGCAAUACUAUGCAAUACGUGUGGGGUUGUUUUGGGGCGGGGGUUUCCUCCAGGGUUAGGGCUGCCCUCCCCACCCCUCUGCAGCACUGUGGGGUCAGGGAUGGUGAUGCCUCAAGACCCCCGGUCCUCCCUCCCCCUGCAUGGGAAACCUCCCCCCCCCCCCCCGAGGAAAAACAGAAAAUCCAUCUUGAUUGUACGUUGUGACAUGGAUCGCUUACUUUGUGCUAUCAGUCGUGGAUGAUUCCUCGUUGUCUUAUAUUAAGAACUGCUGGAAGGAUGCGCAGCCAACACCUCGGGCUGGGGUUCCCGAGGUCUGCUGUGGGGUGGGAGCAGCACAGGGCUGGGCUGUGGGGCUGGGCUGUCCCCCACCUCCAGGAUCAGCCCUGUGGCACCCAUGGGUGCUCCCCAAAGCCCUUCACCCACUCCUGCAAAGCCCCACAGAGCACCUAUCCCAGAAACCAGAUGUUACGAUAGUUUUGAAGCUGGAAACUUUAAGCAUUUUGCCCCCUCCCAUCCCUGCACUCCCCCUCCGGCCCCACUAACCUGACGUAGGACUGGGUAGAAACUUGUACUGUGAAGCUAACUUCUUUUUUUUUAAUGGAAAUGGGGGGAUUUUCUCCGCUUUACAAUGGAUGAAGACUGCCAAAGCUGGGCUGACGCAUUGUACCCCGCUGCCUCUGCUUGGGGCUGGCUGGGGAAUAAAAAUAAAGGGGAAAAGAAAAACCAGAGAAUUAAAAAGGAAGAAAAAAACCCUACAACCAACAAGCACUUUACUGUAUGUACCAGGUGAACUGAUACAGCUGGAUUGAAGUUUUCCUUUAUAACCAUUGUUGAUGCCAGAAUUUUGUAUUCUGUUUUGUAAGGAUUUAAUAAAAAUGCGUUGAGACCGA